CAGUGUGAGGAGUAAAUGGCUCAGAGUAUCCGCGGUGGAAACCGACCUAAACACUGGUGUGGGAACUGAUAAACAAACACAACAAAGCGCUGUGCGUAAAAGAAGCUCUCCACGGCGCGGGCUCCGGGUGCGCACGGAAACUGUGCCAGUGUGUCCAAGAAGCCCAGAAGAGUCCGGCUGGGUUUUUCAUCCUUUCUCAUUUUUUUUGGUUGUUUAUUUUUGCGUGUGUGCGCGUGAGAAACCAGGAUAUCUGAACUGGACAUGUGAGUUACUGGAGUUAACAAGACAAGCAGCCCCUUUUUCUCCGAAGAUGAAGUUCCCCGCUUGCGUCCUCGUCACUUUGGUGGUGAUCCGAUCGAGUGCGGCGCAGUCAGUUUGUCCCGGCACAGAGAACAAGCUGAGCACUCUGUCCGACCUGGACCAGCAGUACCGCGGCCUGAAGAAGCUCUACGAGAACUGUGAAGUCGUCAUGGGCAAUUUGGAGAUUACCAGCAUCGAUCGAAACCGCAACCUCUCCUUCCUCAAGUCAAUCAGAGAAGUGACCGGCUACGUGUUGGUGGCUCUCAACCAGUUCGACUAUCUGCCGCUGGAGAACCUGCGGAUCAUCCGAGGCACCAAACUCUACGAGGGUCGCUAUUCUCUGGCCAUCUUCCUCAACUACAGACGGGACGGAUACUACGGCCUGAGGCAGCUCGGCCUGCGCAACCUCACAGAGAUACUGAAUGGAGGUGUUUACGUGGACCAGAACAAAUUCCUGUGCCAUGCGGACACCAUCCACUGGCGUGACAUUAUCAAGAACCCCCAGGCCGAGUUGUUGGUGGUGCCAUCCAACAACAGCAACCUCGGAUGCAGACGCUGUCAUCGCUCAUGUAAUGGACGCUGCUGGGGCCAUCAGGAGGACCAGUGUCAAACUCUGACAAAGACAGUGUGUGCAGAGCAGUGUGACGGUCGAUGCUUCGGGCCCUACGUCAGCGACUGCUGCCACCGCGAGUGCGCCGGCGGCUGCUCGGGCCCCAAGGACACGGACUGCUUCGCGUGCACCAAUUUCAACGACAGCGGAGCAUGCGUGACCCAGUGCCCUCAGCCGUUCGUGUACAACCCCACGUCUUUUCAGCUGGAGCACAACCCCAGGGCCAAGUACACCUACGGAGCCUUCUGCGUCAAGAAAUGUCCACAUAAUUUCGUGGUGGAUCACAGCUCCUGUGUCCGAGCGUGUCCGAGCAACAAGAUGGAAGUGGAGGAGAACCGGAUCAAGAUGUGCAUCCCCUGUACGGACAUCUGUCCGAAAGUGUGUGAUGGCAUAGGAACGGGCAGCCUGCAGACAGCUCAAACGGUGGACGCCAGCAACAUUAAUAAAUUCGUUAACUGCACCAAAAUCAACGGCAACCUGAUCUUCCUCAUCACUGGCAUCAAAGGGGACAUGUAUCACGGUAUCGGACCUUUGGACCCGGAGCGUCUCAACGUGUUCCGCACUGUGAAAGAAAUCACAGGCUACCUCAACAUCCAGUCUUGGCCUGAAAACAUGACGGAUCUGAGUGUUUUUUCUAACCUGGCAACUAUUGGAGGUCGAUCUCUUUACAGUGGAAGUGGUAUUUCGCUGUUGAUCUUGAAGCAGCGUUGGAUCUCUUCGCUUCAGUUCCAGUCGCUGGACGAGAUCAGUGCGGGAAAUGUCUACAUCUUCAACAACAGCGGCCUGUGUUUCUACAACACCGUCAACUGGACGUCGCUGUUCAGGACCCAGAGCCAGAAAGUUCUGAUCCGCAACAACCGAGACCCAAAAGAAUGCACUCAGCAGCGGAUGGUGUGUGAUCGGAUGUGUUCGGACGACGGUUGCUGGGGCCCGGGGCCCGAUCAGUGUCUCUCCUGUCGAUAUUUCAGACGGGGACGCACCUGCAUCGAGUCCUGCAACCUCUUUGAUGGGGAGGUGCGUGAAUUCGCCAACGGAUCCGUGUGCCUGGAGUGUGAUAGCCAGUGUGAGAAGAUGGAUGGGAACACCAUGACGUGUCUUGGCCAGGGCCCGGACCAAUGUGUAAAAUGCCUCCACUUCAAAGAUGGACCCAACUGCGUGGAGAAGUGCCCCGAUGGAUUGCAGGGGGCCAACAGUUUUAUCUUCAAGUACGCCAAGGCCAACAACGAGUGUCAUCCCUGCCAUGCCAACUGCACCCAGGGGUGCGUCGGGCCGAGACUCCAGGAUUGUGUCGGGAUGAUGGACAGGACACCGCUAAUAGCAGCUGGCAUUAUCGGCGGCCUAUUCAUCAUCGUCAUCCUGGCGCUCAGCGUGGCCGUUUAUGUUCGACGCAAGAGCAUCAAGAAGAAGAGGGCCUUGCGGCGCUUCUUGGAGACCGAGCUGGUGGAGCCCCUGACCCCCAGUGGAACGGCCCCCAACCAGGCUCAGCUGAGGAUCCUGAAGGAGACGGAGCUGAAGAGGGUCAAGAUUCUGGGAUCAGGGGCGUUCGGAACCGUCUACAAGGGCAUCUGGGUCCCAGAAGGUGAGACAGUGAAGAUCCCCGUGGCUAUUAAAAUCCUCAACGAGACCACCGGCCCUAAAGCCAACGUGGAGUUCAUGGACGAGGCCCUCAUCAUGGCCAGCAUGGAGCACCCCCACCUGGUUCGUCUGCUGGGCGUGUGCCUGAGCCCGACCAUCCAGCUGGUCACCCAGCUCAUGCCACACGGCUGCCUCCUCGACUACGUGCACGAGCACAAAGACAACAUCGGCUCGCAGCUGCUGCUCAACUGGUGUGUCCAAAUCGCCAAGGGGAUGAUGUACCUGGAGGAGAGGAGGCUGGUCCACAGGGACCUGGCGGCCCGGAACGUUCUGGUGAAGUCGCCCAAUCACAUCAAGAUCACCGACUUCGGCCUGGCGCGGCUGCUGGACGCCGACGAGAAGGAGUACAACGCAGACGGGGGCAAGGUUGGUAUGCCCAUUAAAUGGAUGGCUCUGGAAUGCAUCCACUACAGGAAGUUCACCCAUCAGAGUGACGUAUGGAGUUACGGAGUGACCAUCUGGGAGCUGAUGACAUUCGGAGGCAAGCCGUACGACGGCAUCCCCACGCGAGAAAUCCCAGACAUCCUGGAGAAAGGGGAGCGUCUGCCCCAGCCGCCCAUUUGCACCAUAGAUGUGUACAUGGUCAUGGUUAAAUGCUGGAUGAUUGACGCAGACAGCAGGCCGAAGUUCAAGGAGCUGGCUGCCGAGUUCUGCAGAAUGGCCCGUGACCCCCAGCGGUACCUGGUCAUCCAGGGAGACGACCGCAUGAAGCUUCCCAGCCCCAACGACAGCAAGUUCUUCCAGAGCCUUCUGGACGAGGAGGACCUGGACGACUUGAUGGAUGCUGACGAGUAUCUGGUGCCUCGAGGUUUCAACAUGGCUCCUCCGUCGUACACAACCAGGCCUCGCAUCGACUCCAACAGAAACCAGUUUGGCUAUCGAGACGGUGGUCCAAACCCUGCGGAGAGCUCCGUGGCUGGUGCCCAAGCCUGCGUGAACCAGGAAGCCACAGGCGGAUCCGUUCCGGCCCUGGAGGACCAACGCUGCAACGGGAGCCUGCAUAAGAAGAGCCUGAGCCCGGCUGGGGUGGAGGACAGCGGUGCCCAGAGGUACAGCGCGGACCCCACCAUCUUCCUGGGUGAGAGAGCAUCCCGAGGGGACACCGACGAAGACGGAUAUAUGACGCCGAUGAAAGACAAAAGCUCCUCAGAAUACCUGAAUCCCAUUGAGGAAAACCCGUUUGUCUCGCGACGUAAAAACGGCGAGAUCCACGCCUUGGAUAACCCAGGAUACCACAGCACACCCAACAGCCAGCCCAAAGGAGAGGAUGAGUACAUCAACGAGCCCCUCUACCUCAACACCUUCCCCAGUCCCGCUGAGUUGGGCCUGGAGGCCUUGAGGAGAAAUGGUCUACCCCUACCCCCUUCUUCCAUCUCAGCUACAACUUCAGGCUCCCACCUCCCGCUUACCAUCCAGACCAGUCUGCCCCACUACCCCCUCCCCACGGCCCAGCCCUCUCCAUCUGGCAUGCCUUGCCACCACGGCCCACCAACCCACAUCCUCCACGCCCAUCACACCAUCAAACCUGCAGGACAACCUGGAAAUCCAGGUGGUGGCUCCUCCAGCCAGAGCCAAACAGGAACUACUGCCCAAGCACAGGUGUGCCAGUCAGGCGCCCUGUCCACUUCGGCCACCAUCGGGCACGGCAGCCUGCCAGCCUACCAGAGCCACGCCACCACGCACCCCGCCAGCUUGCUGAAGCACGGAGGACUGACAUCAGGUAAGGUCAGUGGGAAGAAGCUGAAGGUGACCUUUGACAAUCCAGAGUACUGGCAGCACAGCUUGCCUCCAAAAUCGUCUAACCAGGCGGGCCCCGAUGGCGCCCAGGGAGGUUCAACUAAUGCUAAGCUCUUCUAUAAGCAGAACGGACACAUACGGCCGGCGGUGGCUGAAAACCCUGAAUACAUGUCUGAGUUUUCCCUGAAACCUGGCACCGUCUUGCCGCCUCCACCCUACCGACAGCGGAACACUGUGGUCUAGAUCGUUCCACUCGACAAACGUUCCUUACUCUGACUCUAGCCUCCAGCAAACCCAGACAUCCUCUCCGGUUCCACUGUUCCACGCAGGAAGGGAGCGCCCACAAACCAGGGCCAACCCCCCGACUCUUUCCAAAUAACGUGCCAUCUGCUGUAGACUGUAGCGACAUCAGAAGGAGGUGGACCGAGCCGAACCAAGCAGACCCAACUCAGAAUCACACACCUUCACUAUAUCCAAUCCAGUCCAUUUCUGUUCUGUAGAUAGAGACUGCGCUCCGUGUCACUGAGAUCGUGAAGGUAGUUCUGGGGAAACAAUGCACACGUGACUGUCACACAGCAGUGGACGUACCAACAAGGUAGACCACAACAAGAUGGAUUCGACUUCGAGGACCUGAACUCACUGCCAGCCCCUGCGGUGUCAGAUUCAUGAGAGGAACAAGAUGUUUUCUUAUUUUUUUGUUUUCCACUAUAAAGGUCUGAGGAUGGACAAAACUCUUCUGCUGGGUUCUGAAUAAGCAAACAGACGGAGCAUACACAGUCUGUUAGAUGUCGAGAUGUGUUGUUUUGUGAAUGACCUUGUGGAGUGAGGCGAAACAGCAGAACAUGGAGGCAAAAAGACUGAAAGGUUCAGUCAGGAGAGUGACUUCCAGUAACAAAAAGACGGAGCACUGAAAGCUGAUCAAUCAUAUUCAAUAUUUUUGCCUAGAGGAUUAUACCAUACUUCUUUUUUCCAUCAAAUAUGUGAAACUCAUCUCAUCUUUCUACUGUAACUGUGAUACUGUGAUGGCCAAGACUACAGUGAUCCCUCCUUUCACAUUUGUAGUUCAACCAUGGACUUUUUAACUUUGGCUGAAAACACGCGGGCCGAAUGCUGUUUCUUUUGUUGUUUUCGCUUGACUGCUGUCUAGUGGGGAAAAAGCUGCUGAAAAAAAAAGAAGCUUUUUCCAAGUAAAAGGGAAAAAUACACUGUAAACAUUUUUAUAAACACUGGCUGCAGUGCUGAGAAAGAUGGAUUUUUAUACACUGGUUUUUCCUUUCAGAUCGUGAAGCUAUCAUAAAUGAGUAAAGAGUGUCUUGCCAUAAGAGGGUGUGGGGUAGGGGGGUCAUUUGGGGAAAUAAGACCAUCCAUAAAGCAGCUGAACUCAAAAUGGUGAUAAUAGAGAGUGAGGGAGAGAAAGGAAAGACAAGUCGCCUAAUGAAGACCUCAAGGAAUGAACAAGACAGCACCAGCAGAGCACAGUAAAAACAAUGUGUGUGUGUUUAUGUCAGUGUGAAUGUGUGUGUUCGCAUUUUAGUGAGCCAGCUCAUCCCCACAGGGAUAUCUGUGAAAAACUCGGUGAUGACACGGUCGACAGUUAAAACCCUUCAGGAUCACCCGUUAACCAACACUAGACUCGAUGCUGGUGCAACCUCGGACGAGGCUUCCGCCGUACGACUGCAGUCAAGUAGAAAACACCAAAUCAUUUCAGGUGACCGAGUUAUUGUUCGCCAUUGGACUGGUUAAAGUCAGGAAGCGUCACUUUAUUCAGGAUCUACUGAUACACGGAGGUUUUUAAAGAUGUGCCAAAAUGAACAAGUUUAGAAAACAGCAUUUGUCUCUGUCACAGAGUUCGUUUAGCUUGGGCCCAGUUUGAAUAAAUCAUAACCGCUUUUUUCUCCAGACCCAACAGAUCUGGACACGAUGCUGUUGUUCUUGAUCCAUCACCUUAAAUUAGUCGAUCAAAUAGACGAUUACAAAGCCAGUUUGGCUCCACUUGGCAGUCCUUGAUAACUAAAUCGUUUGAAAUGUUGAAAGUCUUUACUGCCCAAAGUCAGAACUCAAUAAACUGCUCUCCUGCAAAAUCUCUUAGAAAUUAAAUUUAUAUCCAACCAAUUUUGAAGGGAAAACAGUGUAGCUGAAGAAGCAUAACUAAAGUAAAUAACAAUAAAAUGUUCACUGACAACAUAUUACACAUUUUCCACCAAAAUAACCAAUCAGAUGAUCUAGUAUGCUCUCAGAGUAACUAUGAAGACACCAAACACACCCUUACCAACGUCUUUUGGUUGCUUAAACCUAAACACAUUCUUGUCUACUAGAUAUUUCAAUUAUGUACAACAAAGGUACAGAAAUAACAACAUAUUACACGUUUUUCACCAAAAUAACCAAUCCUAUGAUCCAGUAUUCUCUCAGAGUAACUAUAAAAACUUUCGCACCACACCAAAUUAGAAACAUAAAUAUAAUUUCUAGGAGACAAGGUACCUGAACCUACACACUUGUUGGUGAGUCACCUGACACCUAACUAGAAUUACUAACAUUGGUACAUAUGCCAGAUUUGCAAAUUAGAGGAGACUGUAAAGUCUUCAUUGUUUUGUUACUUUGUACUUUUCCCAACAUUGAAUUUUAGUUGGCACAACUAAAGUCAGGCAACUGCUCGACUAUACGACCACCGACCCAUCAAAACUUAGCGUCUCUUCUUUGCCCAAAAGUAUCCCGACUGAGUUUUACUCUUGAGAUCACCAAUAGACCUUGGAUUGCCCCCUUUUGCUCUCAAGAGAAUGGUUCUGAGCCUCACUACUGAUGCCUCCGCAGGCAAACUGCCAGUCAAUGCUGCUAAAAGCGCUGGUGUUACAGCCAUUAUUUCUUCCACCAAGCCAUACACCAAGCACCUGUGGGUGGGAAAACACUGCAAAGCUUGCCAAAACUUAGAAGAUGAAGGCGAACGUUUUGUAAUGAUGGUUUUCCUCCUGCGAUAUCUCACUAGAAUUCUCUUAGUUCAAUCAAUAUGAACAAAAUCUUGUAGUUCCUGGACCUUUAACAAGUUUUGCAAACCAUUAUCUGUGGAACAUUAACAUUAUUGCUUUGUCAGUGUUUUUUCAUCAUUCUGUCCAAGCUGUUUUUCUUGUGGAGGGCGUUUAUUUUGUGUAUUUUAAUGCCUGUGUGUGUGUGUGUGUGUGUGUAAAUGUUCAUCUGAGUAUGUUGUCCUCCCCAUGGAGCACUUUGAUCAAACUCGUGGGUAGAAAGAAAAGGAUUUCCACCCUUCGUUACUAAAAUAUUCAACUUGUUUAUCCGGCCGUUCACCACUUCAGGAAGCGUAAGCUUUAGCAAAAGUUCAUGCCAGGAUUUGACGAAGAAAACCCUUUUAGGUGGUGCUGACCAGCUUCAAGAAUGUCCUUGUUUCCAAGUUUUUUGUUUGCUUCAAACAGUAUUUAUGAUGCUGCUUUGAUGAUCUCAUGAUUAUUUGAUGAAGGAGUGUUUUGUAGUCCCUUUUGGAGCUCUGAUUCAAUGAAAUAGAGACAGCAUUUAAUAUCAAUGUGAAAUAUUUAUAGUGCGUUUUGAGCUUGUUUAUACAGAGCGUUGGAAGCGUCGGCCAAAUCUGGGUUUCAAGAAGAAGUGAGGGAGAAGAAACACACAAUGGCGUUGAAAAGAAAAACACAUGCAUUGGUUUUUCUCUCACUUGGCCUAAAUUAGACUGCAGACCCAGGCAAAAUAUGUGUUUGAAUCAAGAAUAGAUUAGACUAAAAGACUGAUGAGACGACCGGCCUUGUGUGUUCUCGUAAGCACUUCAGACACUCAGCGAGCCUCCGCGUUUAAUUGAAUCUUCUCAUGAGUUCAUUGCCAGAAAAUGAAAAUUAAAAAAAACAUUCCUGAACCUGAAGAUACAAGUUUGUCAGGUGUUGUAAAGGCCUUGGUCCCACAGUUUGUUUUCCGUCUGUGGAGGCAUCUUUUCCCUCCUCUCGACUGCGUAAUAUUCUUGUUUCAAACAUAUUUUGCCUUGGCGCUGGCCUGUGCUACCUGCUGCUAUUUGUCUCAGCCCUAAACACUCAUGUGGCUCAUGGCAGUUCAAGAACACACCAUGACAACUGGUGUCUAAGACUGAUUACCUGUUUUUUUUAAUUUACUUUUUACUGUUUCCUCCAAGCCAAGGUGCAGAGGCAUGUAGCCACGUUGUACUGAAGUGAAUCGUUCGAUAGUUCAUCCGUCUGCAGUUACCCACAAUAUAGGCUGCGAUAGAGUUUAAUGUAUAGUACAAUAUCACCUUGCAUGGUACCCAAAGUGAGUGUUUUACUGCCCUCCACCUUUGUAUCUCUUCACUGACGACAAUAUUAUAGUCAAAUCUGUGUCCGGGUAGUGGACAGCGUGGGAGGAAGUGAUUUUUACUGAAUUCAGUAGCACAAACAUGGGAUGUUUUCGUUUUUAGGACCCUUUAGAGUCUUUUAAUAGCAAGUUUUAUGUUUUCCAUAUUAUCAAGGAUGUUUUUUCUUCAAGGACUUGAAUCUGUGUUUUAUUUCUUCCCACUUUUGUGUCACAAAUUGUAUUUAACACGUCAUCCGAGUUGCAAUUCUUAGUUGUUCGCAUCUUGAUUGCACAAGUUCAUGUCCUGUGUUUU